UAGUUACAUAAAAUUUUUAAAAAACUUAUAUGAUAGGAGACAAUUAGAAAAAUUUAAAACUGGACAUACCAAUACAAAUACUACAAACUUGGCCUAAAAUGGGUCUAUUAGACGUAAAAACAGUAGACUCUACUGCAAAUGUUAUCAACAAAGUUGACGUAACGUCCCCCGACUUGGAAGUUAUAACCAUCUUGUUAUUUGUAAUAGUAGCCCUUUUAGCAGCAAAUAUUUGCUUUAAAUUGUAUAGAAUGCACAAUAGGUGCUUAAAAAAAAAUAUACAGCCAGUAGAAGCAAUGAUUUAGACCAAGUCUAACAAAUUUAUUACCCACUGUUACAAUAAAAGGUUCAACCAAAGGUAAUGGACUGGAACCAAAUAUUAAUUAAAGCUAGACAAAUUAGAGAGGAAUUUUUGAAAACACAUAAGUGCCUAAACAACGACAGGGAAAUAAAGACAGAGACACUUAAUAAACAUAUCAAUAACCUAGUCAGCACACUUGAAAAACUUAGAGUUUUUCUAAAUGUCAACUAUAAUAGACUUACACAAGGUCAUAAAGUAGCAGCUGAAACAUUCUUUCUUGACAUUAGGGAAAAACUCAUAACGGUAGCCUCAAGAAAAGGAAUUACAAUAGAUAUCCCAACGUCACUACACGAGGAAAUAUCAUUUACACCACUACAAGAAAUUAUACAAACUCCCACAAUGACACAGACAGUAGUAGAAUUUAUAAAUACAGCAACAAAGCUUAUACCUGAUUUUGAUGGCAAAUCAGAAAAUUUACGUUCAUUCCUUGACGCACUAACUCUGGUUGAUGCGAUAAAAGGCGAACAUGAGGCAAUAGCCAUUUCCUUAAUUAAGACUAAACUUAAAGGAAAUUCGAGAAAUUUAAUUGACAAUGAAAAUACAAUUGCGGAAAUCAGUACCAAACUACGCACCACCGUAAAAGGUGAGUCAGUAGAAGUAGUGACUGCAAAACUUAUGAAUAUAAGACAAAGUAGCAAAACUGCUACAAAUUACUGCAAUGAAAUAGAAACACUAACAAAAUCAUUAGAAAAUGCAUAUAUAAAUGACGGCAUAAACUUAAAUUUGGCAAGUAAAUAUGCGACACAAGCAGCCGUAAGGGCAAUAACUAAAAAUUGCACAUUAGAAAAAGUCAAACUUAUUAUGGAAGCAGGUCAGUUUACUGACAUGAAUGAAGUAAUAAGCAAAUUUGUUGGAAGUUGUACAGAAGCUACAGGCCAACAAAAUACCAUGCUAUAUCAAACGGGGUAAAUCUAUUAAAACAUAUAUACAAAUCAAUGAUUUGUUUGUUAAAGGGAAAUUUGACUUAGGUCAAUUUUUCUCUAGGCUCGAUGAUGUGGCCGAUAAGCAUUCAAUUGACAAAUUACAAGUGGCACCUAGUGAGAAAAUUUUCGAAUUUGUCUCUAUAAAUGAAUUUAAAGAAAUGGGCAAUAAGAAAUUAAUUAAAAUGAAAGUAGCGCUACUGAAUGAGGUGACCCAAAUAAAUUAUAAAGAUGCAAAAACAAUUGAAAGUAUAUUAAAAAGAUAUCAUGAUGACCCGGCAGAAGGAGGUCAUUGUGGCAUUUCAAGAACCUUGAAUAAAAUAAAAAGAUACUAUUACUGGAAACACAUGACUAAAACAAUCACGAAAUAUGUUAAGAAUUGUCAUAAGUGUCAAAUAACCAAAGUCACAAAACAUAUAAAAAGUCCAAUGACUUUGACGCCAACACCAAACAAGGCAUUUGAUACAAUAUUCGUUGACACAAUCGGCCCGCUACCAUUGUCAGAAAAUGGAAAUGCAUACGCAGUCACGAUAAUAUGCGACAUGACUAAAUAUUUAGUGACAAUACCAACUAAAGAUAAAAAUGCAAAAACUAUAGCUAAGGCAAUUUUUGAUAAUUUUAUUCUCGUCUACGGUCCUAUGAAGACGUUCAUAUCGGACAUGGGCACGGAAUAUAAAAAUUCACUUUUAGAAGAAAUAUGCAAACUUUUAAAUAUAGAAAAACUAACAUCAACCGCCCACCACCACCAGACGUUAGGGACGGUCGAGAAAUCACAUAAAGCGUUUAACCAAUAUGUAAGGUCAUAUGUAUCGAUAGACAAAAGUGAUUGGGAUGAGUGGCUUAAGUAUUUUACAUACUGCUUUAAUACAACACCAUCAACUGUACAUGACUAUUGUCCAUACGAGUUAGUUUUUGGAAAACUUCCAAAUGGGUUUCAACAAUUUGAUCAGGUUGACAAAAUAAGCCCACUUUAUAAUUUAGAUAAUUACGCUAAGGAAAUUAGAUUUAGGUUAGAAAUAUCUCAUAAAAGAGCAAGGGAUAUGAUAGAACAAGCUAAGAUAGUACAAAAAUCUUAUUUUGAUAAAAAAGUUUUAGAUUAUAACUUUAAAAUAGGUGAUUUAGUUUUGCUAAAAAACGAAUCAGGGCACAAAUUGGACCCACAAUACAAAGGACCAUUUAAAAUUAAUAAUAUAGAUUUUAAAAAUAAUGUAACUAUAACUGAUAAGAAAACGGGAAAAACCCAAAUUGUACAUAAAAAUAGAAUUAAGAUAUAUAAUCAUUAAAACUAUUUUUUUUUAAGUUUAAAUAAAUUUAUAAACUAUUAUUAUAUUUAAUUACUUGCUAAAUAGGAAUGUUCAUACAAUAAACUCUGUAUGAGCAUUCUUUUAAAAAAGGAGGUGUAGUGUAACUGAAAGUCGACCAUGCUUAACGUUUAUAAUUAUUUAAUUUAUUCAUAACAACAAGGGUUUCAUAUUUCAGUUGUUUGAAUAUUUUGAAUAUAGAACUCACGCAUUGUCAGGCACACGUGCCAAACCGUCAAACAAACUAACUUUAAGCUUCAAUUUAUUUAUAAUAUUAUUUAUGCUUAUGCAGCAAUUAUUUCCCAUAAAUACCCCAAUAUGUUAGGCUAAGAAUUCAAUUGUAAAAGAACCUACAAAGCGACAUUGAGUUGCUCAGUAAAAUAAAUUCAAUACAAUUAAAACAUAAAUGAAUUGUUUCAUUCGAUACACUGCGAUCCUGCCAGCUUUUUGCGAAAAUUAAUUUGCAAAAAAGCUAUCCUGCCAACCGGUGCUUAGAUUUGAAUUGCACAGUGGCAGUCUAGUGCUUUGCUGCACAGAUCAGCCUGAAUCCUGGUUUGCUUAAAUUGCAACAUUUUUAAAAUUUUGUGCUUAAAAAUUAUGCACUAAAAAGCACUUUGACUUGAUCAGCCAA